CGGCGGCGGACGGUUCCGCGGUCCUGCCCGGCCGGGGCCGCACUGCGCCGCCCGCCGCCCGUCGCCCGCCGCCCGCCGCCCGCCCGCCGUCGGCGCCGGCACCGCCGCCCAGCGAUCCGGCCGCGGCGGCUCACAGCGCGGCUGCGGCGGGCGCGGGCGGCGGCGGCUCCCUCCCGUGCGUCCGUCGUGGGACCUUCGCUCGCUCGCCCGGCUGGGUACAGCGCGCUCUCCGGCCCGCGGCGGGGCGGGGACGCCCGGCCGGUGGCCCCGCGCCCCCCAAGAUGAAGCUGAGGCUUGGCCAAGGACAGUGAUACCCACAUCCCCGGAACUAGGUGAUUGUGGUGCAGGAACCAGGUGUGCCUUUGCGGGACCCAUGCCUUGAGGCCCGGGAGCAUCCCGCUGCCAGCAUGCCGUGGGAUGCGCGGCGGCCCGGGGGCGGCGCGGACGGCGGGCCCGAGGGCCCGGGCGCGGCGCGCUCACGGGCACAGAAGCAGUGCCGCAAGUCGUCGUUCGCCUUCUACCAGGCGGUGCGCGACCUGCUGCCCGUGUGGCUGCUGGAGGACAUGCGCGCCAGCGAGGCCUUUCACUGGGACGAGCGUGGGCGCGCCGCCGCCUACUCACCCUCCGAGGCGCUGCUCUACGCGCUCGUGCAUGACCACCAGGCGUACGCGCAUUACCUGCUGGCCACGUUCCCACGGCGCGCGCUCGCACCGCCCAGCGCGGGCUUCCGCUGCUGCGCGGCUCCCGGGCCGCAUGUGGCUCUGGCCGUGCGCUACAACCGCGUGGGCAUCCUGCGCCGCAUCUUGCGCACCUUGCGCGACUUUCCUGCCGAGGAGCGUGCGCGCUUGCUGGACCGGCGCGGCUGCAGCCGUGUGGAGGGUGGUGGCACGUCGCUGCACGUGGCCUGCGAGCUGGCGCGCCCCGAGUGUCUCUUCCUGCUGCUAGGCCACGGCGCCUCGCCCGGCCUGCGCGAUGGUGGCGGCCUCACGCCUCUCGAGCUGCUGCUGCGCCAGCUGGGCCGCGACGCUGGGGCCACUCCCGCCGCUGCUGCUGAACCCCUGGCCUCCGCACCCGGGGAGCCACGCCAGCGCCGCCUGCUGCUGCUGGACCUGCUGGCGCUGUACACCCCCGUGGGUGCCUCUGGCCCGGCCCGCCGGGAGCUGCUGGGCGACCGGCCGCGCUGGCAGCGGCUGCUGGGUGAGGACAAGUUCCAGUGGCUGGCUGGCCUGGCACCGCCCUCACUGUUCGCGCGCGCCAUGCAGGUGCUGGUCACUACCAUCUCUCCUGGCCGCUUCCCUGAGGCCCUGGACGAGCUGCCGUUGCCUCCAUUCCUGCAGCCGUUGGACCUCACUGGCAAGGGCUAGGUCCGGAGCACCCUAGGCGCUGGAUUUGGGGACAAAAUUAUUUUUCAGAGCGUUGUACCUGGCACUUUACAUAUAUUGAUCUCUGUACAGCA